GCUUGGAAACAGAGUCACAGAGUUGAGAGGGUAAACAUUAGGGUAAAAACAGCAAAUAGCCCAUGGCUUCCUAAUCCAGAAAACAAAAUAAAAUACUGUUUUGUUUUGUUUGUGGAGCAAUGAACAAAUACUCCGUUUAUACUGCCUUUCAAGAGCAGCUGCAGACUUUGUGCUUGAAGGAAUUCCCUUGCGGAUUUGGAAGUUGGAACAAGACUCACUUCGAUUCUGGGACAUGCAGCGGCUCCACCGUGCCGCUGUUGGAGGAUCCUGCCCUGGGUGCAGAGGAGGAGGAGCCGGCCUCUCUGAUCGAGUACCUGAGCAGCGUUCACUCUCCCUGGCACCUGAGUGAGAGCUGGGGUCCCGCGGCUGAUCAGCUGAGAGAGCUGGCGGUGCGGUCACCCGCCCUGAUCGAUAUGGCAUUCAUACUGUCCUACUUCAGGUCCUUGCGUAUAGUGGACAAGGGAGUCUUGGAAAUAGGUGAAGAUUUGCUGAAAUUUGUCAAUCUGGAUGAACUUAUAUUAAGUGCAAACUACAUCACUGAAAUAAACUCAACACACCUGCCCAGAACCCUGAAGGUGCUGGAGCUUUGUGCCAAUGAAAUCUCCAGUAUGAAAGGCAUUUCCUGCAGUCCUCCAGCUGGGUUAACUCACCUGGGUCUGGGGUACAACAAGCUCUCCUCUCCCUCAGAGUACAAAUACCUCGAAGCAAGCUUCUGGCCCGUUCUGCUGUCUCUUGAUUUGAGUUUCAAUAACCUUGUGGAUCUGCCUGACUUGGUGUGUAAGCUGAGCUCCCUGUCGCGGCUCAGAACUCUGGUGUUGAUGGGAAACCCCCUGGCUCUCACCCCCUCCUACCGCGGCUUCCUCGUGGACAGCCUGCCGAAGCUCGCCCUUCUCGACGACGUCCGGGUAUUGCCAGAUGAGAGGCACCACUUUAAAGGACUGGCCAAGAGAAAAGAACUCAUUGUGGAUGAAGCCAAGGUGAUUGUGAGUAUCGGGACAGUUCAAGGUAUUCCGAACCCGGUCAACCCUGUGGAAACUGAAACCCCCCCCGAAUAUCCGAUCGUCAGUUACAGCUACCACGUGACGUACGAGUUUCUCAAUGACCAUCCACUGUCCACCACCGACGAGGAGACAGCUGACCAGGCAAAGAAAACCCCUACGUGCUGUGACUUUGAAAGGACAAACAACUCCGUGCAGAGUUCUCAACAGCACCAGGAGAGUACACACGAAGAGUCAAGAAACCCCUCAGCAGACACAGCGCCACCUGCUGGUAAUAUGACCCCUGGUCCUCCACAGAACAAGGUACCUGAAGACGACAGCUCUGUGCUUCUUCACUGCACCCCCAAAGUGCCCUGGGCAGGACAGAUUGAGAGUGAGUACAGGAAGGUUCACCUGCAGAGAGACCUCCGAUCACUGAAGCAGUUCCUCCUGAGAGGCAUGCAAGUAUCAGUGGUGGAGCAGAAGGUUCUCUCCUGGCCGGCCAUUACUACAGAAAGUGUCAGUGCAAAGGCAGACAUCAAAGGAGGCGCGAAGGCAGAUAAAGGGAAGGAGAAGGGCAAAAAGAAGAAGGAGCCGGUGGCGCUCCGUCACGAUGCCCCGAUCUGCAGGACCCUGGGCUCGCUCAGAGUAAAGCUGGAGAGCCUGCUAUUAGGAGAGAACCACCUGGAGAGCCUGUGCGACUUCGGGGUCCUGAUCACAGAGCAAGCUGCUAAAGCACUGCCUGGAAAGGAGGCUAAGAAAGGAAAAGACGAUAAGAAAAAGGAAGAGAAGAAAGGUAAAACUGGAAGGGACAGUGUCGCUAGUCAGAAGACCACCACGUCCACCAAAGGUAAGGGAAAAGCAAAACCAGACAGUGAGCCUGAGAUUGUUGCAACGAUCAAGCCCCUCAGUGUGGAGCUCAAGAUCCAGUUAUACCAGUGGCUAACAGCAAUCGAGGCUCUUAAUGCAGCUACUACCUGAGGACAAGCUUACUGUUCUGCUGCCUUACCAUGUAACAAUGCUGUGAAAUAUAACACAAUGCCAUGCUACUACAUUUUACAUUUUGUUUCAUUUUCGGUAUUUUUUAUUAUUACAGGUGUCCACUUUUUAAUGCAUUUUAAAUCACAUCACAUACACAAGAAGGGGUGAUUAAGCAUCAAGGUGUCUUUGAAAUGGAAACCCUUUAUACAUGUAUUGUUUGUUUCUGUAUACCUGAUUGCUGUUGUGCUUAAUAUAAAAAGUGUUUCUAUACUGCAGAGACCAACGUUUUUUUUC